AUGCUCUGUGAGAUCUGUCAGUUCCCAGCGCGCGGAGCUACAGGUGUGGACGCCCAUAUCUGUGGCAUCUUCGCCUGGGGCGCGUGCAGCUCCCGAUCACGUCUUGGCGUCUUCUUCCUCUUCCAGUGCCUUGGCGUCUUCUUCGUGGACUACGUGGACGGGUGUCUUGGCGUCUUACACCUCUUCCAGUGCCUUGGCGUCUUCUUCGUGGACUACGUGGGCGGGUGUCUUGGCGUCUUCUACCUCUUCCAGUGCCUUGGCGUCUUCUUCGUGGACUACGUGGGCGGGUGUCUUGGCGUCUUCUACCUCUUCCAGCGUUUUGGCGUCUUCUUCGUGGACUACGUGGACGGGUGUCUUGGCGUCGUCUACCUCUUCCAGUGCCUUCGCGUCUUCUUCGUGGACUACGUGGACGGGUGUCUUGGCGUCUUCUACCUCUUCCAGUGCCUUGGCGUCUUCUUCGUGGACUACGUGGGCGGGUGUCUUGGCGUCUUCUACCUCUUCCAGUGCCUUGGCGUCUUCUUCGUGGACUACGUGGACGGGUGUCUUGGCGUCUUCUACCUCUUCCAGUGCCUUGGCGUCUUCUUCGUGGACUAC